AUGAACUCCGAUCCCGCGACUCGGGACUGCGUGGAUCAGCUCGAGGACGCGCUGAGUCGGCUCAACGACUCGGUUUCGGCGAUGGGACAGAAGGCGUUAACCGAGGCUAAAGUCAACGACAUACAGACGUGGAUAAGCAGCGCUGUGACAGAUCAAGAGACGUGCUUGGAUGGGUUGGAAGAGAUGGGAUCAACGGCUGUCGAUAAAGUGAAGAGCAAGAUGAAGAGGUCCAUGGAGUACACCAGCAACAGCUUAGCCAUUGUAGCUAAUUUCAAGGCCAUUCUUGACAAAUUCCACAUACCGCUCCACUAA